UCCACGUUAUGAAAAUGCAUUGUCACCACUGGCACCUGAAGCUCUUUUAAUCUUGUCGCACACAUUUCACACCAGUUUCGUAUUUCUGAAUAUCUCCAUUGUUUUCCACUGUCAACAUCAACCUCAAAAAUUUUAAAUUCUGAAUUUUCUACCAAAUUUUAAAACUUACAAUUGCCAAAUUACUCCCAUGCGCGGAAAUUUUCGAGAAAAAAUAAUCGUGGAACGAUUGAGCAGCAGUUUUGUCCCAACUUAUUUGAAAUGGGUUUUGAAUCUCCAUGCUCACAACCUUCUUGGAAGGCGAGGCAAAGGAAUGAAUACAAGAAGUGCAAGACUGCUUCUGGAAGAGCUCCUGUUUCGCAUCACAAAUGCAUACCAGUGCAACAAGGAGCCAACCCAUCGGAUGACAAACAUUUGCUAUGUUUUACCAUGCAAUCUUGAUACAUUUGGUCAAUGCUCUCCUCUUUUUGUUAUUUUCAUCUGAUGUCAAGAAGAGCGCGAGAACUACUCGAGCGAAUCGCUCAAAUGGUUAUUGUUGCAAAGUGCAAGUGUGCAUGGCAAAGAUCAAAGUCAAUGACUCAUGUGAACUGUCUUCGAAUCGACACGUGGAUAGUAGACGAAUUAAUUGAAGCAGUAGCUCUUGCCAGAAUAGAUAACGAAUCAUCGGACGGUUCAGUAAUGUAUCCAGAAAGUUUGGACAGUUUGAAAUAAAAUAUUAAUCUGCUCAUUUAUUAUACACCCGUUUUUCAACAAAUUAUCAUGCCUUCAGAAAAAAUUAUCACACAUCUGAUUCUUUCUGUAUAAGGUACGGUACACAAAUCGCCUGGUUCCUCAAUGGAAUCAUUAUUCGUUUUAUUGCAUUUCCAUUCAACCGGACAAAUCCUCGCUCGCCAAGCACUGGGCGAUCAUAGCUCUUGUUUUGUACAAUAUACCCGUCUUUUUCAGUAAUGUCGUCUGGCAGAAUCUGGAUUUUUUGAAUAAUUGGUUAAAAUAAAUCAUUACAAUUGUAA